AUUGAUCUUUUGUAUACAUUGAAACUUUUCUUCUUAGGCAAACGGUUUCUGAUAUCCGUCGAGACUAUUUUCAAGAUGGCUGAAAUUUAUUGAAAAAGUCAACAAAGUUUAUUUCAAUUUUCAUUAAUAUCUACACUUAUAUAGCAAUAUGGAUAUUUUUAACAAAUCAACAUUUUUAUUAGUAUAUAUAGCUACUAUACUGGCACAAAGAACAGUCGCACAGUUAGUGGUGAAUGUCAAAAAUAAGGGUGGAGAAAUAGUAAUAGAAAAUAUCAAUGCAAAUGUCACUGAUGACACAAUAAUAUUAGAAUUCCAGAAGUCUGAUGGCACCUACAUCUGCCAGUUCAUUGAUUUCAAAUCGGGUGUGCAGAUCUUCAAGAGCCUGGUCCUGGGUGAGGAAGAGAGGGGGCAAAGUCAGUACCAAGUCAUGUGCUUCAUCACACGAUUCAUCAACAACGAAUUUAUAUCAUCAGAUGCAAUGUCCAAGUUAAGACAGAAAAAUCCUAGUGCUAUACGGCACCCUGAGGAUGACAAAGGACGGGAACCUCAUCAGAAAGACCUCUUAGUCAAUUCAGAAAGGUCUCAUCUACUGUCACCACAUAUUAACAAAAUUUGUAAUGAUGCCAAGGAGUCCACCUAUACUAGUGAAGCUGAUUUGAAAGCAAUAUCUCAUUCUACUGACAGAGAAUAUUAUCAGCUGUCAUCUGCUACUCAUAAACUGCAACCAUAUACUGUGCCAAAAUGUAAUGAGACAGCAGAACUGUGGCGAUCGUGCUUGUGCAGCUAUGAAAUAUGUAUUGGCUGGUACCCCUGUGGACUGAAAUACUGCAAGGGAAAAGACUCAGCGGGAAAGAUUGUUAGUUAUAGGUGUGGGAUUAAGACUUGUCAGAAAUGCCGCAUGUUUCAGUAUUACGUCAAACAGAAGCUGCUUUGCUUAUGGGAUGACAAUAAUCUUUAAAUGAUCUUCUGUAAUUUAAGUGUCAAUGGCAUGUUCAAUAAGAAACGUUUGCGUCUCCUGCACUUGUUGGUCACGAGUGACACUGCUGACAGAAUAAGCACUGCCCAGUUUGUCAGUGAUAAGUGAUGUUUUACUAUUGCAACAUUCACAGGAAAAUAACAUGGGAACUGGUCUGUUAUUCAAUUAAGACUAGUAAUAUGAGAUUCUUGCAAUGUACACUGGAUGUAAGUUGUGAAUCUCUGUUUUUAAUUUAAAAAUGACUUUAAAACAAUUUCUUUUCUAUAAAAGUUAAUCUAACACAGACUUUUUUACUUUAAAAUAUUUUGUCCUAUUAUCCAUAGGACUCAUAAGACUUUGUCAGCUAUUGAGGUGGGAAAUUUGAAAUUGGGGCUGAAUGUCUCGAUUGAUCUUUCAUCAGGAAUGACAGGCUUGUGGGUUGACUUGGAAACUAAUGGUAUAGCGGAUACAAGUCCACCCUUCUGUUGUCUUUAUGCAUA